AGGCGCUGUGAACUUAUUAAAGAGAGUGAAGUAAAAGCCCUUUGUGCCAAGGCCCGGGAAAUUCUAGUGGAAGAGAGCAAUGUUCAGAGGGUGGACUCCCCUGUCACGGUGUGUGGUGACAUCCACGGACAGUUUUAUGACCUGAAAGAGCUAUUCAGGGUUGGGGGAGAUGUUCCAGAAACCAAUUAUCUGUUCAUGGGAGACUUUGUGGACCGUGGCUUUUAUAGUGUUGAAACAUUCCUCCUCCUCCUAGCACUGAAGGUCCGCUACCCAGACAGGAUCACACUGAUCCGUGGGAACCACGAAAGUCGACAGAUUACUCAAGUGUACGGUUUUUACGAUGAAUGUCUGCGCAAAUAUGGCUCAGUGACUGUAUGGCGGUACUGCACAGAAAUCUUCGACUAUCUCAGCCUGUCUGCCAUCAUUGAUGGAAAGAUUUUCUGUGUGCACGGUGGAUUAUCGCCCUCUAUACAGACUCUGGACCAGAUCCGAACCAUAGACCGCAAACAGGAAGUCCCACAUGACGGGCCCAUGUGUGACCUUCUCUGGUCUGAUCCAGAAGACACCACUGGAUGGGGGGUGAGCCCACGAGGAGCUGGUUACCUGUUUGGCAGUGACGUUGUAGCACAGUUCAAUGCAGCCAACAACAUAGACAUGAUCUGUCGGGCACAUCAGCUGGUUAUGGAAGGGUACAAGUGGCAUUUCAAUGAGACCGUUUUGACGGUGUGGUCGGCUCCAAACUACUGUUAUAGAUGUGGAAAUGUUGCUGCCAUACUUGAACUGGAUGAACACCUCCAGAAGGAGUUUAUCAUCUUUGAAGCUGCACCACAAGAGACCAGAGGCAUUCCCUCAAAGAAGCCUGUUGCUGACUACUUCCUGUGA